AAUAAAACAAUAAUCACCAUUGUAAAACUAUUAGCUUUAUCGCUCCUCUCAGAAUCUUAUAUAGUUUGAUAUUUAUGUUAUAAGUUAUAAGUUAUGAGUUAUAACAUAACUUUUAAACUAUAUUAGAGUUAUAACUUUUCUAAAAAUAUUUCCUGAAAUACAUUAUUUUAUUAAUUGUUGAUCUUAGAUAACUUUUCAACCUUUUUAAGGUUAAAAAAGAUCUCUGUGGAAUGGCCGUAGAUACUGGCAAUGUACAAAACUACAAAAUAUUUGAAUUAAAAAAUGAACUCAGUAUUUUUCAAACAUUUUAGGUACCAAACUGAUGACAAAAAAAAUCACGAUAUACUAAUUAAAAAUGUUGAUAACUGAGACUUCGAAAAUUUUAUGAUUUUUACCUAAUCGUGAAUCAGCCUAAUCAGGCAUCAUCGUAUUGUUUCGUACCCGUAGAUAUUUUGUAGUGGGGACAAGAGGAUUACACGCAAGUAUGCGUCAUAUGACAAGUGACAGUAAUGGUCCAAUUACUUAUAAUAAGUUAUUGUUGUGAGUAGGUACAACGGUUAUCAUCGAUAUACCUUGAGGUCGAACAAUAUCGAAUUUAUUACUUAUAGCUUCUGGUCUUUGUAAUUGAUAAGUAUUAUUAUGACAAGUGCCGCAAACACCUUCAGUGAGGCGAACUGCGCGAACCUUGCUAAUGGGAAUUAUAAAAUACUUAAGUUAAACCUAACUUAAGUUUACGGUACUUCCUGAAUUGAUCUGAAAAAUGUAAUAUCUUUUACCCUAGGGCAUAAAAAUCCUAAUUGUUGCGGUAUCUACCGACUAGGUAUAACACAUAAACACACAAACACUUUCCAAAACUACCCACAUUUGAGGAGUGAUAUCGCAUCAAUGGAUUAAUGAAAAAUGAAAAUGAAAAUGUAAUAAUUAAUAAAAAAAAAAUAGCCUUAUUAAUUUAUGAAAUUAAAAGUAUAGGUUACCAUAUUAAAAUCCAAAGUUGAUAGUGUUUUUCCUCAUAAAUAUAAGGGUAAAAAAUAUAAAAAAAUUAUACAAUUCUAGUACAGUGUAAAUCUAUAAUUUUGAAAAAAAAAAAUUGAAAAAAGUCAAUACUUUUUGAGAUAAUGAGUGUUUUACGCUUAGUGAAUCACUCUGUAGAUAGUUAUUAAUAUGGGAAUUUGGUCACUGCUGUAUAUUUGUGGGAUGACUUGCCAUCUAAGUUGAUGCGAGAACGAUGUGUUUGAAAAAGUUAGAUCAAUAACGGAGAACCUACCGUUUCCUGGGUUAAAUCUUGUGGGAUGACCAUUGUUGAGGAUAAUAAUUAUAUAAUUAUUAUAUUGUUAUUAUCUAAUACUUUUCCUAUGAUUUUCCCUCUGUUAUCUGUUUUGUCUGAACCCCAUAGCUCACUAUGGCAGUUAAAGUCACCGGUUUUAAACUUAUAACAAAAAAUGGUGAUGGCAGUUGUUUGAAUAUAUUGUCAAUGUCUUCGAGAAAUAAAUCUGUCUGAUUUGGAAUAUAGAUAUUGCAUAAUGUGGUUAUUGUGUUAUGGGUUAAAAAGGUUGCGGCAACUGCUUCCAAAUUUGUUGUAAGAGGGAUUUCUUUACUGGGAAUUGAUGCUUCAAUGAACAUGGAAACUCCGCCAGAUGCCCGGACUAUAGUCAGUGCGAUUUUUGUUGUAACACUUAUAACCAUGAAUGUGAGGAGUAUGCUUUUUUGUGAAAUUUGUCUCUUGUAAACAAAAAAUGUUAAGAAUAUAUUCCCGGAUAAUAAGUUCAUUGCGUUUUUUAAAUAACCGAUUAAGGUUCCAUUGAAUUAUAUUUCUAUCUUGAUUAUUCAUUAUGAUAUUUUGUGUGAGUUUAUUGAGGAGUAGUUGCUUUGUGAUUGGUUACUGUAGUGAAAGGGAUUGGAAUAAAAAGUUUAAUAGUUUGGUGAGCUUGGAUUUUAUAUAUCUAUCGUUUAUCAAUGGUUUGACUUAUUCAGUAAUUUUUGGAAGUGUGAGGAUGUCUACACUGACUUCCUCGCACAGAGAAUGGAUAUUGAUGGAUUUAUUAGUGAAGUUCACCAUUAUGUAUAAGUAUUGAGAAUAUAAUAUAAUAUAAUAUAAUUUCUGUAUUAUUUGAAAAAAAACUUUCGGCUGGUUUGAGUCCAUUAUUAAGUUUUGUGUGAAUAUUUUCGAGUGAGCUGCUUUUUUUAAGUUUUUUGGAUGAAAAGUUAAUAAUUUCUUGAGAGCAGUAUUUUGUUGGUUUUUAUUUUUUACCUACUUAAAUUUAGUAUUACGUUCGAACACGAUGACAUUAAAAUAAAUCACAAUUUUUAAAUUAAUUUCAUAAGUGUUAUGUCAGUAAAAGAAAUGGAUGUCUCACGGACUUCAUCUUGUGAAAAUAAUCUAAAGCAAGCUCUGAAUUCAAAUGGAUGCGAACCAACUAAAUUUAGAAAUGACUCUCACUCAGUAAAAAUACUAGAAGAUUUACAAUGUCUACACCAGAAUGAAGUUUUAUGUGUUGAAGCAGAUGAUGGUAAAAUUGUUAUUGGGCAUACAAAUGUUUUAAUAGCAGCUAGUCCAUAUUUCCGUUCAAUGUUUAGUAAUUUUAAUGAAAGUAAUAAAGAUCUUAUUUAUAUAAGAGAAUUAGAUUCCACCAUUUUACAACUAUUAGUAGAUUAUAUUUAUACCGGAGAAAUAAUGGUCACAAAUGAAAAUGUACAGGUGUUGUUACAAGCUGCAAAUGUAUAACAAUUAGAUUAUGUAAAUGGUGCAUGUGCUGAGUUUUUACAAAAACAACUAGAUCUUUCAAAUUGUCUUGUAAUCAAAGCAUUAGCCGACUUACACAACUGUACGGAAUUGUUGUCAAGAACUGAAUCAUAAUAUAGUCAUACAACACUUUUUAGAAGUGGUUAAGGAUAUGAUUUUCUAUCUUUACCUUCUGAAGAUUUAUUGAAGCUUAUUUCCUGUAAUGAUUUUGCUGUUCCAUUCGAAGAAAAAGUAAGCAAACUUAACUACAUUAUUGGUUAUUUGUGUUUUAAUAUUUUGAAAAAUCAACUUAAAAAAGGUGGGAAAGUGGGUAUCGCUCUAUUGUACAGUAGGUUACAAUAGUAAGUCACUGUAUAAUGUAUGGUAUACAAUUUGAAUUUAAUGAUAUAAUAUCAUUAUAUAUGAAAAACGAUUCUGAGCGGAAACUGUUUGUCAGUCUAGGAUAUUUUAUAUUAUAUUUAUAUUGUCAUUAUUAUUUACGGUACCUAAAUAAUAUUUUUUAAUUACAGCAAAAUAACUAAAAUUGUCAUCGUUCAAACUUUUUGA